AUCCAGUCAUGAGUUGUUGGAGGAUGAUGUAGUUAAGCAGUCAAUCAGAAGAAUCAGCAUUACUGAAACUUUUGAUGAACUCACAUAUCAUAGAUAAUCUUUUGAAGAUUGGUCACAGAGUGAACAUUUUGUUUUUGUAGGUUGAUCCUUUCUUAUUGCCCUUCAAGAGUUGAUUCAGAGGUACCAUGUUAAAGAUGUAUUAGACAUAGUGACACAUCAUUGAUUGCAUUCAGCUCAGUAACCACAUGCUCCAAACACAAGGGAAAGAGAUCUAGCAUAUGGUGCUGGCUUUCCGUCUUUGGAGUAGCUUGAAAUAGCAACCUUCUGUGGGACUCUAGUGUUGCAAUUUUGUAUUGAGAAAAGAAGGCCAACCAAACUGUUUCUCAAGUGCCCAUAGCUGUCUUCAGAAGGCUUUCUACUGAAGCAAAGUUGGUUUGGGGCCAUGGAGUGAGAAAGUGGCCAUUUUCUUCCUCAUCAAUCCAGAAGAGUGUUAUAAAACACCCUGUACCUAAUAGAAAAAGUUGAAAAGGAGCAGGAUCAAAAGGAUCUCAAUCCUUGCAAGGAAGAACCAGAUGCCAUGUUUAUCGAAUGAGAAAGAAACAAGCAUACCUUGGAGGACUGAGGCAGUUUCUCUGUGGUGAAUUGUGUUCCGAGUUCAAGCCAUGUCUCCCUCUUCUCCUGUAGCUGAAUGAUCUUUGCUAGUGAGUUGGUUCCUAAAACCUUCCAAGGCACCUCUGUGGUUCAGCCACUAAUGACAAGGAGAUGGGAAAGAAAGGGAGUUGGUUUUCUGCUAUCAAAAGAGCCUUCACUUCAAGCUCCAAGGACAAAUUUGUUGACUCAAAAAUUCCAACCCAAGGUUUAGAAAAGAAAUCUAUAAGAGAGAAGAAAAGAUGGGGUUUCGGGAAAUCGAAGCAUGGCGAGUUCAGUUCCUUCAUUCCCCUGUAUAGAGAACCAAGCAGCAUUGAGAAAAUACUUGAAGAUGCCGAAAAUGAGCAGCACCAGAGAUUGCAUUUGGUGCCCCCGAAGAAAAUUCAACAGUCUAAAUCACCUGCACUUCAGCCAGCAGUCAUCCCCAACUAUGUUCACAUUUCAGCAACCAGAAUUCAAGCAGCCUAUAGAGGUUACAAGGCGAGGCAGAGCUACCGAGAGCUGAGGGGACUAAUGCGACUUCAAAGAGUCAUGAGAGGGCAGCACGUGAAGCAUCAGACGAUGAACACCAUGCGAUGCAUGCAGAUGCUUGUUCGAGUACAGUCACAAAUACACAGCAGGAGGCUGCAGAUGGUGGAGAGCAGGAGCCUUCAACUCCACCACACUCCACGAAUGAGCGAAAAGGAGAUGGAAAGCAACUUUGGCGAAUGGAGCGUUGCUCACCAAACCGAAGCAGGAGGCUACGGAGAAUGGGACGAUAGCUUGCUCACCAAAGACGAGGAGGAAGCGAGGAUGCGAAGGAAGGUGGAGGCAGUCAUCAAGAGAGAGAGAGCAUUGGCUUAUGCUUAUUCCCAUCAGCUACUGAAGGUGACGCCCAGGUCAGCCGAGGCGAUGCUGACCGGCCUCCGGUCCGCCAGCGCCCCAUGGUGGUGGACAUGGCUCGAGCGGCAGCUCCCGUCCGACCAAGCGUACGCGGCGCCGCCAGUCGAAACGCCGCGCUUCCUCGCCGCGGGACUCCCGCGAGCCACGCCCGCCCCGGCCCCGGCCCCCCAGCGGCCGCACCGACACUACUUGCGCCGCAGGCACGAGGACGCGGACGACGCGAGCCUCACAAGCUGCCCGCCGUUCGAGGUGCCCAACUACAUGGCGCCCACGGCCUCCGCCAAGGCCAAGGUGAAGGGCCACCACGCGAACCAGGAACCGAAGAAGAAGAGGUUCUCGUUUGCUCUGGGGCAGAGCAUAGGCUCCCUGUUCGGCGGCAAGGAGACCAUGGGUGGCGGAGGUUGCGGUGCCGGAAGUGGCUGCGGGGCGUCGCAGAGGACGGAAAGACGAGGGAAGCACAGGUCGACGGUGUCGGUGGGUGGCAUGAGCAUCGACUCCAUCGUGUCGCUGCCUGCGGGCGCUGUUGCCGGGCGGAGGAGCUUCGUGUAGUUAUUCUUUGUGUGUUAUCUGACUUGUUUUGUUUUUGUUGUGUUUUCUGCUGUUUAUGUUUUUGGUAUCAACUCUCCCAUGAACUCUGUGACUGUGUGUUGUAUGUUUGAUCUUUGUUGAUUGCAGUAAUAAACAUCGAUAAUAACAAUUCUUA